AUGCCCAAUACUGCAAAGGAGAGCCCGCGGAGUCCUGGCAGAACGCGACGGUCCAGAAAACGAGCGCCCGUGGCUUGCCAGUCAUGCCACGCCCGUAAAAUGAUCUUUCCUGUGUGCCGCGGGAAAGCAGGAGAUCAAAGUAAGCGAUAUAGCAAUCUCAGUGCGAAAAACUCCUCGGCAAACCCGCUAACGAGCUGCCGUAGCAGACGUGGCCUACCUUACCAUCUUAGUACGGUGUCUUCGCCGUCGAAUAGCGAUCCCGCGACACAGAGUACUCCGCUGGGGGAUGACAGCUUUCCACCCGGCCCCGAGCGCCUCGUUGCGUUGAAGGAUCUAUCUGGUCCAAGCGGGCCGAGUCCCACAUCUCCAGCGGUAGGGGAUACUGGUGAUGGCAUCGAAACCCCUUAUCGUCCAUUCAACGAGCAUUUCAGCCAUCAUUAUGAAGGUGACACGGGCGCGUCGCAACUAGACGGAGAUGCGACGGAUAAACGCUGUUCCCCGUUAUAUGGGGACCCUCGUGGCGUUGGUCUGGUGGUCGACAUCUGCGAGCCAGAGCCAGGGGAGAAGAGUGGCCACUUCCUUAUCCCACAAAUCAGGCCCACUCAUAUAGACCAGGAUACGAUUGAAUACUUGCGCCGUAAGGGCGUGUUCGAUUUCCCCACUCCUGCUGUCUGCGAAAUGAUGAUCCGGACAUACUUCUACUAUGUGCAUCCCUUUUUUCCCGUUGUUGACGCCCAUUCGUUUCUUGAUACGUUCGAAAAUGAACGCAGCGAAGUAAGCGUACACCUGUUGUGGAGCAUGUUCCUAGCUGCUGCAAAUUUCGCAGAUGACAACACCCUAAGAGCAGCCAAUUUCUUGUCUCGAAAAGACAUGAAGCGUGCAAUGUAUAUCCGGGCUAAGGCUCUUUAUGAUGCGGAGUAUGAGAGAAGGAAGAUUACUCUAAUCCAGGCAGUACUUCUGACAGGCUUCUGGUAUUCGGACACCGAAGACAGAACCGGCCCUUGGCAUUGGAACGGCAUCGCUAUCAGUCUAUGCCAAACGAUAGGGCUACAUCGGCAUCCCGAUACAGGUCGAAAACACAGUAAAGCGAUCCCGACAAGUGACAGCAGCAUCUGGAGGCAGUUGUGGUGGAGCUGCUUUUACCGUGAAGCGUGGUUCUCUGCCGGCAUGGGCAGGCCUAUGCGAAUCAAUCUAGCUGACUGCAGUACCCGAAUGCCAGAUGCCAACGAUUCCGAUAAUCUGCUCGCUGGGAUUCCGGAGUGUAUUCGGAAGAAGUACCUCCCAGAAGGCACUAAGGACUUGUCCAAAUUAUGGACGGAGCUCUUAACACUUACGAUAUCCUUAGCGAAGAUUCUUUCAUGGCAAAAUCGAGCGGAGCGGACACGACCGGGUAAGACUGAAAUACAGCACAUGGACGAUACCAUCCGACAGUAUUCUUUUCGCAAGGAUCACGCUAUAGCUCACGGACACAAUCACGUCGUCUCCUUACACAUGUACCAUCUAGAGCUGUAUCUAGAUUCCGUUCUGCUUACCCUAUACCGGCCGUUCCUUUUUGAUAAGCCGCUUGAUCUCUCUACGGACGAGUGGACAUCAACUGUACUGCGGAGGACCAAAGAUGCUGCAACGAACACCAACAGGAUCCUUGGCAACAUGAUCGGUGCUGACAUGAUCAGCAACACUCAAGCGAUGGUCUGCAUUGCCUUGGUUCCCGCAUUGCAAAUCCAUCUGCUUGACGCCACGUCUGAAAAGCAGAUGGUGCAACGUAUGGGACGCCACAACCUUGAGUUUUGCAUGAUGGUCAUUGAAGAACUCAAAUCUGUGUACUUUGGCGCCGAAAUACUCUCAAGAAUGUUCACCAAGGCAAAGAACUGGAUAUACUACCGGACGUUUGCCCCCGCGACAGCUCCCAGGGACUAUAUGCCUCAGUCAUCGCGUGAUUCUACGAUUGGUUCUAUCCCAGAGCUGCCAGAUGAUGCACGUCAGGACGAUUUGGAGAUGUUUGACGCCUUCGUGACACUGUUGAGUCCCUUUGCCCCAGUGUCAGCUGGCGGAUCGUUCGAUAACGACGAGCUAUUGGCUUUCGAAUCUACCGUCACACUCGAACAAUUGAUGUUCCCUGAACCCGAAUCUUCUGCAGAUACACGUUAG